AUGGAUAAGCUCAUGGACAGCAGCAAAGCGAAGCUGACGAUGGUGUUGGUGGGGGGUCUGUGCUCCCUGGCGUUGUAUCACAUAAAGAAGAAGAUGAAGUGGUCUUAUUGUUUAUUUACAAAAAGCUGGUUUAGCGAGUUCUCGCUCAUGUGGCCUGGCCAGGCCUUCAGUCUGGAGAUAAAGAAAAUCGUCCACCAGGCCAAGUCGAAGUAUCAAAGCAUCCUGGUGUUCGAGAGUAGCACGUUCGGCAACGUGCUGGUGCUGGACGGAGUCAUACAGCUAACAGAGAAGGACGAGUUCGCCUACCACGAAAUGAUGACGCACGUCCCCAUGACCGUUGCCAAGGAGCCAAAGAAUGUCCUCGUGGUCGGAGGAGGAGACGGAGGAGUGAUAAGAGAAUUGUGUAAAUAUAAGUCCAUAGAAAAUAUCGACAUAUGCGAAAUUGACGAAAUGGUUAUAGAGGUGUCGAAAACGUUUUUUAAAAACAUCAGUUGUGGAUUUGAGGACAAGAGGGUUAAUGUGUUUAUUGAAGACGCGAGUAAAUUUUUAGAAAAUGUGACCAACACGUAUGACGUUAUUAUUGUGGACAGUUCGGACCCCAUCGGCCCAGCCGAGUCUUUGUUUAACCAAAACUUUUACGAAAAGGUCUACAAUGCGCUCAAGCCUAAUGGAUACUGCGUCUCGCAGUGCGAGUCCAUUUGGAUCCACGUAGGAACGAUAAAGAGCAUGAUGGGAUAUGCAAAAAAGUUGUUCAAAAAGGUCGAGUAUGCUAACAUCAGCAUCCCGACGUACCCCUGUGGCUGUAUAGGCAUCCUGUGCUGCUCCAAAACGGACACCGGCUUGUCCAAGCCGAAUAAGCGUUUAGAGUCGAAGGAGUUUGCAGACCUCAAGUACUACAGUUACGAGAACCACUCAGCCGCCUUCAAAUUGCCUUCCUUUGUUUUGAAGGAUAUCGAAUCUGCCUAG